ACAUUUACCUGUACACAAAGAUACCUGUAUUCUUUCAGAGGACAGGAUGUGAUGUGAUGGGACGAUGAGGAAUGGGGAAUGCUGUCCCCAGCCAGACUUCUGUCCAUGUGCCGUCACCUAAUCUUUCACGUCAUCUCGCCCAGUAGUCCAGUGACCAAGAUUCGUCAUGACCUUGAACUGGAUCUAGAUGACCUUUACAAUUGACCAUUGUAUCUCGACAAUAACUACACACGUUCUCGACGCUGGAACUUUCAGUGAUGUCCGUUAAGUUCAGUGAUGUUGAACUUUUUAAAUGCUAACCUUGACACUGGUGACCUUGACAAAUUUUUGUGAUCAUCAGCUUCGUCCAGUGCCUAAUUUACAUGUCUGUGCUCAUGUAUUUGCAACCUGGCUGUUGUGUUUUCAAGUUUAACAGUGGGUAGUUAACCCAUGGAUCCUUGGUACAUCUGAAAAAGUAUGUACAUAUAUUUUUAAUACAUACCACAAUCACUGGUAUUGAAUUUUUGAACUGAAGACUUUUAUAUGCCAAGAAACAAGAUGGCAAGACAGAGCGAUCCAAGAGCUGAAGCCUUGGCUGUGAGCCGUAUCCGUGGCAACUCCCUCAAACGAGAAGAGCAGGAGAACUUCCCGCCCAAAGAAGCACCGAAACCUUUCAGUGCCUUGAAAGCAAGCUUCGAAGAUCUCUCCAAAAAUCCUGAAUCAAAUUACUCUCCUAGGCGAAAUUUUGGCUCAAAAGUCGGUCGUUUGAAAAGCAUGUUCCAGUCUGGACACGUAGGGAAGAGCGAGAAAGGAGCUGAAGAUUUACUAAAGUCACCUCCGUCACCAGGGGCUGCUCAAAACAUUCCACAUAUCGAACUUGAUAGGUCGCCGGAGGUUAAACGUAAAAAGACCAGUGAACUUCAUUCGCACAGUUCGGCAGGGCUACCGCUAGAUCGUUCGCCAACCCGGCAAGAAUCUCGACUUCUGGAGACAGCUAGCCAUGUGGAGCGUUUUAACCACACUCGUGCCAUGUUCGCGAGAAUGGAAGAGCAAAACAGACAGGCCAAUGAAAGGCAGGCACGGUUGCGAUAUCGAAAACACUCCCCAGGGGGCACAAGUAGUAGUACCUCACCAGCACUUUCUCCAAUUUCGAGCACACCCACAAGCCCUGAUGGCCGAAAGCGCUCUCCUUCCAGGGAGAGAAUCACAAAAUCUGCUUCACAUGAAUCUCUCGGAAAGCCGAGGUCAUCAUCCGAUCCCGCAAGGGUGAACAAAAUUAGUUACCGUAGCAACACAGAUCCCACCCAACCACGUCCACGGUCCGAAAACUUUGACCAAGUGAGUGUUAGCGGAAUCCAUAGUCGCUCAGAAGGUAAUUUAAGGGGAGGCAACUUCCCCAAUGCGCCUGGCGGACUUCUUUAUAAACGCAGGUCUCAAGAAGAUGAGAUAUUAGAAGAACUGCGACGGGACGCAGAGCGGAACGGGGAGCAUCAGCUCUCUGAUUGGUCAGAAAAAGAUGUUCGAGAAUAUUCAUCACAUUCCAACUCUAGGUCGUCAUCGAGAAAAGAGGAGGCCAUGGAUACUGGCGGCGACAGUCGUCCAUACGAUGAUGGUCAGUAUAACAAUCAAUAUUCUCGAGAUAACAGUGCAUAUCAGGGUCGCCGUUCAAGGCGCGAUCAUUACAUAUCUUCCACAUAUCAGCAUAAACAUUCCCAACAACAUCAACAACCGUCGGCGACGACGGAAUCACGCGAAGACAGAGACUCUGAGGUUGUGAUGCGGCGUAAAAAUCAGGGCGAAUAUCAUUCAAACGUCGCCGCAGGAAAGCGUUUGAGUAAGGAGGAAAUUCAAGCAGCUAUCGACAGGGCAGAUGUGUAUUUGUCACAUGUAUCAAGCCCCGAUAGCACACCCGAACGAAAGCCAGAAAAAUCAAAGCGUUGGUCCCAACAACAACAUGCACCGAACGAAGACCAAACUGACAAUGCCGGAGAAGUGCGAGAGUGGACUAAAUAUAAAAACCAAAGACAUUCACGAGGUUCUGAUCACCUGGACGACAAAGUCAGUGAUGUGUCCAAGCUGGAUGAAAUCGCAAGCGUAAACAGUAUUGCCUCUUAUAGAAGAGCGCGGGCAGAUAAAUCACCAUCCCCUUCCCCAGUUCCCUCCCCUGCCUCUCCGUCUUCAACAAGUGAGCCUGAGAAAUCAGGUCAUUCCCAGACCACCACAAAAGUUUACGUAGAACUGAAAAAGGGCGAGCAAAGUUCUCCCCAGAACCUUAAUGUGCCGACCCGACCUCCACGCGGGACAAGACGAUCGUCUCCUGGGCCGCCCCUCCCAGCCAAACCUGCGCAUUUAAUUAAUAGUUCCUAUAAAACCAGUGUCGUCGACCCGGAAGAUGGACUGACACAGAUCACUAACAAGCCCCGUCCCAAGGCAGUGUACCUCGCGGAGACGAGCAGCAAACCUGACAUCCCACCUCCUCCGUCCUACAGCGUUGCCACGGCAGGCAUCUCCAAGACAACCGCUGACCAAUCGCGACCAUUGUGGGGCGAUGAUGUCCCUGAUACCCACGUCCAACCUCCCCUACUCACCAAAGACUCCUCCGAUGUUCUACUCUCACCAUCCGAAACGGUUAACCAUCCUCAUGUGAUCUCUGGGGAAGUCAUGGAGGAAAUGACAGAGGAAGAAGCUGAAAUCCUUCUCAGCAAACGACGCGACCUGUUGACAGAUGCUGAAGCUCAGGAAGUUGAGGGUUUAUUGUUGGCAAAGAGAGAAGAUGGAGACGGACAUGAGGAGCCAGACAAGGUGCUCCACUCGGACCCCUCGGGAGACCAGCCAUUGGAGAUGACAGAGUAUGAGUAUGGUUUUGCAGAAAUCGAAGGUCUCGGAAGUACAGACGAUGAAGAUGAUGACGAAAACAUCGUCAAGAAAGUUGGUGUUGUUAAAUUCAGCAGGAGUCCAAUCAGGGUGUUUUGUACAUACUCUGGGGAAGAAUACGACCGUCGUAAUGAAGACAUUGACCCUGUCGCCGCCUCGGCAGAGUACGAGCUUGAGAAGCGGGUGGAGAAGAUGGAGGUGUUUCCCGUGGACUUGGAGAAAGGCCCCGAAGGACUGGGGUUGAGUAUUAUCGGUAUGGGAGUUGGAGCUGACUCUGGUCUGGAAAAACUGGGGAUUUUCAUAAAGACUCUGACAGCGGGAGGGGCUGCCCAAAGAGAUGCCAGGAUUGAAGUGAAUGACCAGAUCAUCGAGGUUGAUGGGAAGAGCCUGGUAGGAGUUACCCAGGCUUAUGCUGCCUCUGUACUCAGGAAUACUAGUGGGAAAGUCAAAUUUAUGAUUGGCCGAGAAAAGAACCCAGAGCAGAGCGAAGUUGCGCGUUUAAUUCAGCAGUCGCUGGAGCAGGACAGACGUCGCGAGGAGUUGCGUCGUCAAGAAUCUGAGCGCCUGCAUAAAAUGCAAGAGGCGCUAAAACAAAAAGGUACAGCAUUGGGCGAACAAAGUCAGGACGAAGAUUCGGAAGACGAUGAAGACAUGGACGAGGAUGACAAGGUAGGACAUUAUACAUUAAACGCCAGUGCCAGCGAAGAAGAGGAGGAAGAAGAAGAGUUAGCUGCAGGGGAGACAACUCCUCUCCAGAUGCCCGCCAGCGUGGACGAGGAGGCCGUGGGCUCUCCAGAGGGCAGUCCUGCGAAGUCGUCCAUCGAGGUAUUCGACCUGGCAGACAGCAGCAGUGAAUCUGGAUCGCCUGACAUGGAUUCACAGGCCAUGUUUGUCAAACUUAAGGAGGCCCAGUACAAGAAUGCAGUGUCUGAUGCCGAGAUUGCCAAACUGAAAGCCAAGAUGAUUCUCUUGGAAAAUGUAGAAGCUCAAAAGAAGGAUUAUGAGAAGAAAUGUGAAGACAUGGCUCAAAGGUUGCUGGAAACAGAGAAGGCCCUUGAGGCUGCCAGGAAGGAAAUUAACGGAUAUCAGGACAUGCUGGAAGGCUCUCAAGGACAGUACAUUUCAUUGGAGAAGAGAAUGCAGGGUGAAUAUUCUGGCUUGGAAAAGAAAUACCACAAAGCCAAAAAAUUAAUAAAGGAAUAUCAACAAAGAGAAAAAGACUUCAUCCAAGAGAGAGAAUCCUUGUUACAGCAGCAGUCUGAGAGGGAUCAUCAGUAUAAUGCUUUGGUCAAGUCUCUGAAAGACAGGAUAUUCCAGUUGGAGCAUGACUUGGCUGAGGCGCAGAAGGCAGCUGGUCUGCCCGUCCUGAUCCCCAAAGAAACACCCCUUAAGUCUGACCUGCCCGUCAGGAAGUCUCCCACACAAAGUGCUAAGAACAACUCCCAUAAAGACUCCACUAACGGGUCAGCAAAGACAGGUGAGCGAUUAUCAGACGCCUCAUCUGAGUCUGACAUGUCCUCACCUGAACUCACCACUAGCCCAGAUGGGGAUGUGAUGAUAUCGAGCAUAGAGAAGUCACAGGAAGGCAUAGACUCCUUCACGGAGGUGCCUGAGACGACGCUUCUGGACACGUCUGUCGGGAAGUCCAAAGCUCAGCUAGCCAGUGCUGGUGGCCUGUCCUCACGAAGACCUCCCUCAAAACGGUCACAUGAUCAGGAAAGUGAUGGAGAAGCUGCUGCAGAUGUGGACUACAAAUACGAAAACGAAAGCUCUUCUGAGACUUGGAUUAAACAUGACGGUCUGCCUGAAUCAGAACAGAUGAACCUGUGUACUGUAACUGGGAAAAGCGAUAGCACGGUUCGGAAAAAUGACGCCAAGAAGAAACGGCUUCCUCUAGCAGAUUGCGAAAUAGUGGCCAGUAGAUCAGCCAAUCAGGAGUCAGCGACUCCUCCCCCUUCUGCUCUGCCUGUCUCAGAAGCCCUUUCUGAACCUGCCAAAGCUGCACCUGUUAAGUUGCUGUCCGCACCUGAAACUGACAGCACUUCUGAACAGUCUCUCUCGAGACGCGGUAGCCAGUCAGAUUCUGCAUCCACUGUCUCCCAGCAUUCCUACGAUCCAUCAAAACCAAUGUUUAAAGGAAUGGCAGGUGAAAUUCCAGAAACGUCUUCUUCUGGAACUUCAGAGUCCAACUCUUCUGCCAAGCACUCAGGUAAAUGGGGAGUUCCAGGUUUGAAGCCUCCCAAACUCCCGUCUCGCCCUCCUCGUGGAGGUGGUGGUGACGGGAUCGUCCUCAUCUCACAACGCCCCCUGGGGGCUAAAGUGGGUAGUGGCGAGGGAGGGGGCAUAACUCUGUUGUCAUCUAGACCCUUGGAUACUGGCUAUUCCCCUCAAAUAUCUAGUAGAGCAAGUUUACACGAGGAUGAAGCCGCCUCUAGCAUGAUGCUGCCGGAUUACGAAGAUGAAGGAAAGUCCACAAUGAUGUAUACGGUGAACAAGGCAGCGCCCUCUGCUGGCACAGAUGACUCCACGAUGAGCAAACGGGAUAAUCAGUUCCAGUCUUGUGCAAUUACGGAGUGGAGCGUAGAGCAUGUGUGUCAUUGGCUGAUGGCCUUGGAGCUUGACCAAUACAGUUCAGAGUUUAGGGAUAAGAAUGUUACAGGCAUGCAUUUGUUGCAGCUGGAUGGAUCAAAGUUGAAGUCCUUGGGUGUUGGGGAUGGAAAUGAUCGAGCUCUGAUCAAGAAGAAGAUCAAGGAAAUGAAGACAGCAAUUGAGAAAGAGAGGAAGCAGCAAGAAAAAGAAAAGAAAGCGAAGGAAAAGGAGCAAGGCAAACGAAAGCUGUUUGCCAAACGGAAGUGAAUCAUUGGCGUCUAAUUUUAGUGCUGGAUGUCCUGAAGGUCAAACAAACAAACAGCCUUGGAUGCAAAAAGUAUGGCCACAUUAAAUGUGACUGUAGGACUUGGGGUGUAGCUAUAUGGGCUGU